GUUCCCGAGGAGUCGGUCGCACAGGCACGUUUGCUCGAUAGUAGAAAGGAGAAUCUUCAACACACAUGAGUUCACCAUGAGCGCUGCAAUCGAUGCGAACUCCAGCGCCAACCAGAGCUGCAACGUGUACAUCUACACCGAGACAGCCCAGAUGCUGUUCCCCAUCUUCUACAUCCUGGUCUUCCUGUUCAGCGUCUCCGGGAACAGCCUGAUCCUCUACGUCACCUGGCGCAAGCAGCAGAAGUUCAAGUCCACGUCCCUGUACCUGGUGAACCUGGCCGCGUCCGACGCCCUGUUCACCCUGGCCCUGCCCGGGAGGAUCGCCUACUACGUCCGCGGGUUCGACUGGCCCUUCGGCGACUUCACCUGCAGGCUGACCGCCAUGGUGUUCUACGCCAACACCUACGCGGGCAUCGCCUUCAUGACCUGCAUCAGCCUGGACCGCUACCUGGCCAUGGUGCACCCACACCGGCUGCUCUACCUGAGGCGGCCUAGGGCCGUGCGCGGCGUCUGCGUCCUGGUGUGGUUGGUGGUCCUGCUGGAGAACGCCCCCCUGCUCCUCCGGACCACUCUGGUGGAGACUGCGGGCAAGCGGGCCUGCAUGGAGUACUUCAGCCUGGGCGAGUCCGCCUCCCUGCCCUACCUGAUCCUCGCGGCCUGCGCCGUCGGCUACGGCCUCCCCCUGGUGGUCAUCCUGGGCUGCUACACGCAGAUCAGGCGGAAGCUGUCCAGGAAGGCGAGGCAGAACCCGGCCAGCAGCCGGUCCCCGCACAGCCACAGGGCCAACAGCAUCAUCCUGAUCAUCCUCCUGGCCUUCGUCCUGUGCUUCAGCCCCUACCACCUCAACGUGGCGCAGUUCAUGGCCCGCGGCUUGCGGCGGCGGCCGUCUUGCGACGAGAUGAAGGCCUUCAAGAUGUCGCUGCAGGUCACCGUCUCCCUGAUGAACCUCAACUGCUGCCUGGACCCGGUCAUCUACUUCUUCGCCAUCAAGACCUACAAGAAGAGGGUGAUGAGCCUGUUCAGGGGGUUCCAGCUGGGCUCGGGACAGUCCUCCAGCCCCACGACCGACCGCAGCAGCAGCAACACCUGAGGGGCCCCCCCCGGCGGGUUUCUGCCGUCGCGCGGAACCGGAAGCUUCCGCUGUCAAUCUGGGCUGUGACUGACAGCUCGCCCCGGCUGCUUCAGUCGACGCCAGGCUCUGUAGGUCAGGCCUUGGGCGGUCGCUCUUCCUGAGGGCCACCUCCGCUCGAACUCAAACUCUUGAGUGCCUGAACGUCAGGGUUUAUUUCGGUAAACUGUGAGCGUAUUCGAUUCUAUUUCACAAUGUACACUCGGAAAAAAAUGCCACAUAUGGUAAAUUCAUUAUCAGUGUUUUUUUCAGUGUUUUGUUGUACGUGUUAAGAAUGUAAUAAAGACAUAUUUUAUCAAAUAUGAA